AUGCCUGCACUGUGGCUGCUGCUGGGCCUGCUGGCCCUGGCUGGUUCAUCAGAAAGUAGCAAUUGGGGCUGCUAUGGAAACAUCCGAACCCUGAGCACUCCUGGGGCAUCAUGCGGGAUUGGACGACGCCAAGGCCUGAAUUACUGUGGAGUCCGUGCCUCUGAGAGGCUGGCUGAGAUGGACAUGCCGUACCUGGUGAGGUACCAGCCCAUGAUGCGCACUGUGGGCCAGAAGUACUGCAUGGACCCUGCGGUGAUCGCCGGUGUCCUGUCCAGGGAGUCUCUGGGUGGCAAGGUGCUGGUCAACGUGGGAAGCGCGGGUGAUGGAGCCAGGCUGGUACAGGACUCUGGCGUUUAUGCCCCCACAGUGCUCAUCAGUCAGGGCCAGGUUUCCCAAAUGACUGAAGACCUCACUCUUAGAAUCAAGGAAAUCCAGAGACGGUUUCCGACCUGGAGCCCUGAUCAGUACCUGAGAGGUGGGCUCUGUGCCUACAGUGGAGGUCCUGGUUAUGUCAGAGGCACCCAGGACCUGAGCUGUGACUUCUGCAACGACGUCCUCGCUCGAGCCAAGUACCUGAAGAGACACGGCUUCUGA